AUGGACUGGAGUAUCCUUGGCCUAGACCAACCACUGAUUGAGCCUCAAAGCAUUGAUACGGAUCAUCUCAUAGCAACACCGCCCAUCAGUGAUGAUACCUGCCCAGCCCCAUCUGCUCAGGUCACUAUAGUGUCUCAACUGACUGAUCUCAUGGCUAUAUUCGAUCGUAUGCAGAACAGCCCUCCUGCCUCGUUGACACAACAUCUCACCUUACGCAAACUCAACGAGUUCAUGAAAAUUUGCGACGUCAACGUUGGGGCAUUUCUUGAAGAGUUACUCCAGAGUGCCCAAAAGCUGGUCCACCUAUACCCUCAAGUUCUCAAACAACUUGAACCUCGGGUUCCGAUGCUACCCCCAGAGUGCGAACCCAGACUCGACAUUCCGGAAAUCAAGAUCGGUUCCUUUGUUGCACCAAAGAUUUCUGCUGCAUCAAUGGUGAUAGCUUUGGUAAUUGAGCUCCAGACGUCCCUCAAUGCCAGAGCUCAGGACUUACACGACGUGGUUUCAUCAAACCUUGGCCAUGAUGCGAGGACAGCAAAGAUUCUCGGCCUACAGUGUGAGUCUCUCAAAGAGCACGCUACACAAACUGGCUCAGAUCUCCACUCUCUUCGGGAGCAUCUUCAGAACUUGGGCGUCAUCGGAUGA